AUGAACUAAUCAGAUGAUAAAUUGACCGUUGGAUUAAAUUAUAUUCAUUAAAACUUAAACCUUUCAAUGAAAUCACUUAAUACUACCUCGCUUACAAAUAGCUUCAAUAACAAUGAAAAAAUCAAUCACAAGUUCUAAAUACCUCUCAUUUUGAAAAAGACAGAUGGUAAAAAUAAGUUGACCCCAACUAAUAAAAAGAGCUAGAAGAGUCACAGAAUUCAGAACGAGUCACUCCUGAAAAUUGAUUCUACUUUGAAAUCAACUAGAUCACAUGAAAACGAUAAAAAAUUAGGUUCAAUCACUGAUUUUAAAAGUUUUCUUAUACCUUCUGCCUCUACAUCUGCUUCUUCACAACAGUUAAGUAGAUAACAAAAGCCAGUAAAUUUAUUCUCAGAAGAGGAGUCUGCAUCCGACUGGUCAGACGACGAUAAACUCCUGCGAAAAAGAAAAUUAGAAUCUAAAAAAUGCAAUUUUAAGAAUUCAAAUAGACUAAAUAGUGGCUUUGGUGAUAGUUGCGAUUUAAGAAACUUUAAUUCAAAUAAAGCUGUUAAAAAGACUGUUGGAAGAUGGAGCAACCUCGAAAAAUCUAGAUUAAUAGAGGCGAUUCAGAUGUACGGAUACGAUUGGCAACUAAUCGAGGAAUAUGUAGAAACAAGAACACUAAAGCAAAUCAUUAAUUAUACUAAUAAACUCUACAGCACUAAUUUCGAGUAUCCCUCCGAUUCUUGCAUAAAUAUUCCUCAUCAUCAUAACAAAGAGAUAACAUAAAGCCAAAACAGUAUUGAAUAAUAAAGCCUUUCUCAAACAAGUUCUGCAUAAUCAGAGAAGAACUCUCAGUUUAUAUUGAUACAGGCUCUGGAUAAACUUUCUUUAGAUGAGAAAGUAGAAAUUUCAGAAUAUGAGAACUAAUAAACCAAACCAUAAACUAAUUAUGUCAAUAUUUUACCUCCAUAAAUAUAGCUAAAGCAGCAAGAGUAAAAGUAAAAAGAGGAUGAUUUAGAAUCCAAACUAGAUCAGCAAAUAAAAGAAUUCAUCAAUUUAGUAAACAAGUACGAGAGUCUCUACAGACUGUAAAAAUUGGUAGACCAAGGUGAUUCAAUCUCACUUACUUAACUUGCCUAAUAAAUUUUCUUGUUGAGACAAACUGUUCAAUAAUUAAUUGAAAAAAAUACAAUUAAUAAGAGGCAAUUAAAAGCAGAUCAAAAAUCUAAUAAACUAUCCCAACCUGCUUCCAAUCUGUCUUUAGAACUGUAAUCAUAGCAAAAGAGCUCCCUAUUCACAAAUUCCACAGAAUAUAAGAGUCUCUUUAAGAGUAAAUAUUCUUAGUACGAUAUCCAAGAGAGAUUACAAAAAGUGAUCUUUUAGGAUCUUUUUACUAGGUUGAAUAUCUACUCAGUAGACCAAAUAAAGCAGAAAUAUAACAAACUCUCUGAUUGGAUCGACAUGCAAUCUGAUAAUUAGUGCUAGAGUGGUUCUAGAAUUUAGACUCUCACUAAUCAAGAUGCAAUGAAAUCAAGAAAACAAAGUGAGUAACUAUCAUCUUCACUCUAAGCCAGAUUUAAUCUCUCAAAAUUUUAAGGAGUAAACGAAGCAUUUAAGCCAAAUUUUUAAAAUUUCACAUCACAACCAAUAACCCCUAAGAACCUCUAAGACAAUCUAACUCAAUCUAAGUUGAGUGAGAUGAAUGGAAAAAGCAUUGAAGCUACUUCAACUAGUCUUUCGAGAUGCAGUCCAACUGACGAAAUUGAAGCCAUUUGCUAUAACACUGAUGAAAACAUGAUCUUAGACUCAAAUGAAUACUCUACAGAGGAGCCUAAUGGAGCCAAUAUCUAGCAACCACCUUGCAAAAGGCCCAAGCUCAGUCUGUUCUAUGACAUUUCAAUUUAGUCUAACUCUUUUGAAAGUCAUUAAGCAGUCGUUGCUAAUCCUUGA